CACCGGGAAAGUAUGUGCGUGCUCCGUCGAUUUCCUCUGACGACGACACCGAUGAACUGAAGAAUCUCGUAAUCUGGAGGCACCGGAUAACCAACUGGAACUAGCAAACAAGUUGAAGGAACUUGAAAACGUCAUCCAAGUGCUGCGUUAUCGUAACGAUAGUCAUCCAGGAAAUUCAUCGACCGUUCUGGCCAGCGUACCGCGUGGUUCGUCUGAUAUUACUGCUACUGAGGGCAAUAUCCGUUGGGACAGCAUCACCCCAUUCCCCAAAAACGUACCAGCCACCAAAAUGUGGGAGGCAUGGAUGUGCUUCAUCGAAGACUUUGAACUAACAUCAUCGCUAUCGAAUGUGAAAAAUCCAAAACGACGUGUUGAGCUGCUCCUGUUGUCCAUGGGUGAGGAGCUAAAAGGCGUCGUUCGUGCCGCCACUAACGCUAAACAUGCGUCAGGAAGAUGGAGAAUCCGCUGUUAAUUUUCAUGCAAGACUGUCAAGAAAGGUGCAGCUCUGCGGCUACAGCCCCGACGACCAGGACCGCUUCGUUAGGACUCAGCUUCUAAGGGGGCUCCGUAAUCAGGAACUCAAGAAAGCUGCGAGGAUGUACGGUCACGACUCAAACUUCAUCGUACAGUCGGCCACUCGAGCCGAGGGAUUCCUGGCUGAAGUUACGCCAUCGGCAACGGAAUCCAGCACGUUCACAGUCAGCGCCGGCCAGUAUCGUGGUUCUCAGGACCGAUUCAAACGCAAAGCAGAACAGCAAGAAAAGCGAUUUGGUAAUUCAUCCAAGAAGUUCCGACCGAACAGAACGGUCGCUGAUGGAGGCAGAGCACAUCCUCGUGUGGAAAUGACUCGUCGGAACAGAUGUCCAAGAUGUUUCCGUUCGUCUCACAUGGGUUCUGAGUGUCCAGCGAAGUGGAGGAACUGCAAUUCUUGCGGUGCGGUUGGACAUUUUGCGGUGGCGUGUCGCGGUCAUCGUGUGAACGUAGUCAAAGAUGAGGAGGUCUCAGCUCGUGCAGCGAUCGAGGAUUCCAAGGAUCAGGUAAUGGAUUAGUAACCUAAAAUGUUAAAGUAAUGAAUUCAUAACAUUGAAGAGAAAUAUUUUGAUAAUAAAAAUUUGAUACUGCAAUAAUUACAUGAAUACAAAUCCUUGGGUUUCCUUAUUAUUUGGAAUCUAUUACAGCAGAUCAAUGCCCUUUCGCUCCAAGAUGUACUGAUUGAUUGCCUCGUCGGUUCAUCUAAUCCGAUCAAGUUCCUGAUAGAUUCGGGUGCAGACGUAAACGUCCUGGGUGGAGCGGAUUGGGACAACUUGGAACAGCAGCUGCGGGCAGGUAAGGUUAAACUUAUCCCACUGGAAAGGACCAUCAGUCGGAAUUUGCAAGCGUACGCUUCCAACAAACCAAUGGAAGUCGAACACGCUUUUACAGCUACUGUCGAAGCAGUUGGCAGUACAAAACCACCUGUUACCGCUGAUUUUCUUGUGGUGAGAGCAGGCAAGCGAUCCUUGCUUGGAAGGGUAACAGCCAGCGACAUGGGACUUCUAAAGGUUGGAGAAACGAUCAAUACUUGCGAAACUGGGAUAUUUGCAAAAAUGCCCGUAGUGAAGGUGAAGUUUAGUGUUGAUGAUUCAAUACCCCCAGUACGCAACGCGUAUUAUAAUAUUCCUGCCGCAUACCGCGAGGGCGCACGACGAAGACUUGAGGAAAUGGAGGCACGGGGAAUAAUCGAGAAGGUAACGCAAGCUCCUCAAUGGAUAAGUGGCAUGUCUGCCGUUCCAAAGGGGAAAGAGGACUUCCGUUUGGUGGUAAACAUGCGGGCCCCGAACAAGCCAUCAAACGGGAGUACUUCAGAAUGCCAUCGAUCGAUGAAAUGAGAAUUAAACUACAUGGUGCCAAAUAUUUUUCUAAGUUGGACCUCUCCAAUGCGUUUUACCACAUCGAGUUGAACGAGGAAUCACGAGAACUCACGACGUUCAUUUCGGAAAAUGGAAUGUUCCGCUUCACCCGCCUAAUGUUCGGUGUCAAUUGCGCACCGGAGAUAUUCCAGCGAGAAAUGACGCGUAUUCUCAAGGAUGUCAAGAAUAAAAUUGUAUUCAUUGAUGACAUACUCCUGUUCGCCGGGACGAUUGAAGAAUUGAGAAAGACAGUCUCGCAAGUCUUACAAAUCUUGCGAUCGAAUAACCUCUCGUUAAAUACCGAUAAAUGCGAAUUUGAUCGAACAAACAUCAGAUUUCUGGGGCAUGAGCUGAAUGAGAAGGGAUUCAACAUAGAGGAAUCGAAAGUUGGUGAUGUUCGGAAAUUCCGGCGAGAAGUUUCCUUGGGUUGGCAUCAUUCGUGAGCCCAUACAUAAACAAUUUUGCGGACAUUUCUAGUCCAUUGUGGACGGUAGCAUCAUCACAAAAAUGGAGCUGGGGAGAAGACCAGGAGAAAGCCUUUGAGCUUAUCAAAAACCGGAUUAUCCACUCAACGGUUACUCUCGGAUACUUUUCUGAAUACGAUCGGACAUACCUGUACACGGACGCCUCUCCCCGUGCGCUAGGAGCAGUAUUGGUGCAACAGAAUGAAGACGGAGUUUAUCGAAUCAUUAGUUUCGCUUCAAAGUCGUUGACUACUACGGAAAGGAAAUAUGCCCAGAACCAACGCGAGGCCUUGAGUGCCGUGUGGGCAGUGGAGCACUUCUCCUACUUUUUGUUGGGAAGGCACUUCGUUCUCCGCACGGACGCUCAAGGAAUGGCCUUCAUCUUCAGAAGAACACGCGAGGAUUCAAAAAGGGCUCUGACUAGAGCCGAUGGCUGGGCUUUGCGCCUAAGCCCGUAUGAUUACGACAUCGAGUACACCCGGGGCCACGAAAACAUCGCCGAUCCCUCAUCACGCCUAUACGACGGGGAGGAUGGGGCUUUUAACGAGGAAGUAAGCCCCUGGGAAAUAUGUAGCUUGCACUCCCAAUCCGUCGACUUCCUUACUGAGGAAGAAAUACGAGAAUCAACUAAGAACGAUGAUACUCUUGUUUUGGUGAUUUCAUCGUUGGACACCGGCAAGUGGUCAAAAGAUCUGGCGAGAUUCAAAGCUGUUGCAGAAGACUUGCGAUACACGGACGGGAUCCUAAGUAAAAACGGAUGUGCGGUAAUACCUGAAGGUCUACGGAAGAAGGCGCUGGAGAUAGCACACGCAGGUCAUCCGUUGGAAGCCAAAUUCAAAAGCAUUCUAAGGAGUCGCGUUUGGUGGCCAGGAAUGUCCGGCGACGCUGAGAGGUGGGUCAAAACGUGCGAAACUUGCGCUGUGAAUGGAAGGCCGGAAAGGCCACCUCCCAUGCAGAGAUCAUUUGCACCCAAAGCUUCUUGGGAGACUAUUGCGCUUGAUUUUAAUGGGCCAUACUUAAAAUUUGGCAGCAUAUCAAUUCUUGUAAUAAUUGAUCUGAGGUCCAGGUACGCAAUUGCGCGCCCAGUCAAAUCAACUAAGUUUGAGUACACGAAAGAAGUUUUGGAUUCCGUUUUCGAGAAGGAAGGGUUCCCACGAGCCAUAAAAUCGGACAAUGGUCCACCAUUCAAUGGGGAGGACUAUGCACGUUAUUGCUCAGAACGUGGAAUUCAGGUCAUAUUUUCCACUCCCUUCUAUCCACAGCAAAAUGGCUUGGUGGAAGGGUUUAUGAAAAUCGUAAAUUAGGCAAUGUGCACUGCAGUGUCAACAGGCGCAAACUACCAAAGGGAACUGCAGUCCGCAGUCCAAGCAUAUAAUGCAGCAGACCACUCAAUCACAAAGCUUCCACCCGAGGAAGCGUUAUCAGGGCGCAAAAUUAAGCGUGGUUUGCCGCUUCUCCACUACGGAAAAUCCAAUCACAACGAAAUGGAACUGGAUGUUCGAGAUCGUGAAGCAAAGUUACUUUCAAAAUCCCGAGAAGAUGCUCGACGGGGAGCCAGAGCAUGCAAAGUUAAGCCAGGCGAUACUGUAAUCGUCGAACGUCAAACGAGGUCGAAAGGCGAAAGUAGAUUUGGCUCGAAGCGGUAUGUGGUUUCUGACGAACGUAACGGCAGUCUAGUCCUCUGCGAUUCCGAAGGCCAAAAGCUUAAGCGUCACGUAUCACAGACGAAAAAGGUCCAGGAAUGGCGACAGCAGCAAUCAACAAGCGAGCAGGAUCAUAAUCCAGAGGUUUCUCCCGAUGGCGGUCGAGAACAGCGUCCAGCGCGUGAGAAAAGGACCCCCUCCUAUCUCUACGAUUACAUCCGGGAGCUCGAGCAGAAUCCAAAGCC